UUGCGUUAUAGUUUUUUUACUACUUCGUUAGAAUUAUCGAAUUCAGAACAGCGCGCACAGCAUAGAGUGAAAAAUUUUCAUCAGAACAGUGUUCCUAUUCCCCCGUGGUGGAUACCCAGCUCCAGGUCUCCACCAAAAAUUAAAAAAAAAAAGAAAAAGAAAAAGAAAUCUCUCGCUGAUUAGGGUUUUGAUGUGCGAGCAGAAAUGUCUCAGGGCAAGUUGAUGCCGAAUCUUGAUCAACAAAGCACCAAAAUCCUCAACCUGACGGUGCUUCAGAGGAACGAUCCUUGCAUUGAAGAGAUUCUGAUGACAGCCGCUCAUGUCACCUUUUAUGAGUUCAACAUCGAGCUCAAUCAAUGGAGUCGCAAGGACGUUGAAGGAUCUCUUUUUGUUGUUAAGAGGAAUACCCAACCGAGGUUCCAGUUCAUUGUGAUGAACAGGCGCAAUACAGAUAAUUUGGUGGAGAAUCUUUUAGGAGAUUUUGAGUAUGAAAUUCAAGUUCCAUAUCUGUUGUAUCGAAAUGCUGCCCAAGAAGUUAAUGGCAUUUGGUUCUACAAUUCACGUGAAUGUGAGGACAUUGCAAACUUAUUUACUAGGAUACUUAAUGCAUACUCGAAGGUUCCUGCUAAGCCGAAAGUGUCUUCAACCAAAAGUGACUUUGAAGAACUUGAAAGAGUCCCAACUACAGCAGUGAUAGAAGGCCCGUUAGAGCCAUCAUCUUCAGCGUCCACUGCAACUGAUGGCCCUGAAGAUUCAUCCUUUGUAAACUUCUUCAGUUCAGCUAUGAAUAUUGGAAACAAAGCUUCAAAUGUGGCAAGUUCCGUACAACCGUAUCAGUCUCCUGCUCCUGUCCCUUUACCUUUGCGUACACCCAGCGUAGUUUCUUCUUCUGCAGUAUCACCACAAGUGUUAUCACUUCCUCUGUCAUCUUCAGCUACGCCUUCAUUGCCCCUUCAUGAAACUCUUGACCCAAAUAGUGCUAGUAGUCAUCUAACUAAUCUUGUGAAGCCCUCUUCAUUUUUUGUUCCCCCAUCUUCCUCAUCUACUGUGAUGGUACCACAAUCAUCACCUAUUUCGUCAUCUGUGCCAACUGCUGUUCAUCAUCCUCCACUCAAUAUGCAACGUCCAUAUGGUACUCCAAUGCUUCAACCUUUUCCUCCUCCCACUCCACCACCUUCUCUUACCCCUAGUUCCACUCCUAGUCCACAUUAUGGACCACUUAUUAACAGAGACAAUGUUCGUGAUGCACUUCUGAUGCUUGUUCAGGAUAAUCAGUUCAUUGAAAUGUUCUACCAAGCAUUGCUGAAAGUGCACCAUUCAUGACUACCUACUGUAAAGAACCAGGGGGCGUGGCAGAUUUCAUGUAGUUGACGUGAUCGUAGAAUCAGCUCUGUAUAUAGCUCUUUUGUGCUCUUGGAUUCAAGUUGUGAUGACAUUUUUCAGUUUAAACAUAACCAUUAAGGCAUUAAUGUGUCCUGUGCGUGUUAUCGUUGUUGUAAUGCUAGGUUGCUGAGUCAAUUUCUCCCACUCGUGCAAAGAUUUGGAAGCUUUGGAUGUCUAUUUUAGAAGUAUAGUUAUUUCCAUUCCUGUUUUUAGCUUCAUGAUAAUGGUGUGUUAGUAUACUUGGGAUGAACUACUGUCCAAUUUAGUUAAUGAGCAAUAGAUUGUCAAUAAUUUGUAGUCAA